AUGAGUGACCUUGACGAUUUACUUAAUUCUCUUAAUGACACACCUGCAACUAAUCAACAAAAUACUCAACAAGAUGAACUUGAUGAUGUACUUAAUGCAUUAAAUGAUAUGGUUGAGAAGAAAGAUACAAAUAAACAAAAGAAGGAAGAUGACUUAGAUGAUUUAUUAGAUUCCCUUGACGCUAAACCAAAGGAAGAACCAAAACCAAAAAAAGCAGAUGACUUAGAUGAUUUAUUAAAUAGUUUAGAUGAUAAACCAAAACCUACUUCAUCUCAAUCUUCUACUAAAGCCACUACUAAAAAAGAUGAUUUAGAUGAUUUAUUAGAUGGUUUAGAUGACAAACCAAAACCUACUCCACAACCAGCACAAAAGAAAGAUGAUUUAGAUGAUUUGUUGGAUGGUCUUGAUGACAAACCAAAACCUGCUGCUAAACCAGUACAAAAGAAAGAUGAUUUAGACGAUUUAUUAGAUGGAUUAGAAGAUAAACCAAAACCUACUUCACAACCAGCACAAAAGAAAGACGAUUUAGAUGAUUUAUUAGAUGGAUUAGAAGAUAAACCAAAACCUGCUGCUAAACCAAAAGCUGCACCAAAAGACGAUUUAGAUGAUUUAUUAGAUGGUAUUGACUCUACAACACCAAAAAGACAAUCCAAUGCACCAGUACCAAUUACAGCUGUUAUAAACGAAGAUCCAAAUAUUUGUGCUGAAUGUGGACAACCAUUAGGACCACAAAGAAUUACAGCACUUGGAAGGAGUUAUCAUCCAGAUCAUUUUGUUUGUAAGAAUUGUAAAAAGCCAUUAGGAACUAAUCCAUUCCACAAUGUUGAAAAUUCACCAUAUUGUAAAGAUUGUUUCAUUGCUAAAUUCGCUAAGAUAUGUGCAAGAUGUGGUAAACCUAUUACUACUAAUUGUGUUAGUGCAUUAGGAAAAACAUACCAUUCUGAAUGUUUUGUUUGUACUAAAUGUAGUAAACCUUUCCCAACUCCUUCAUUCUUCCAAAAAGAUGGUAAUCCAUAUUGUGAAGAAUGUUAUAAAGAAGAAUGUGCAGCUAAAUGUUCUAAUUGUGGUAAACCAAUUAUUGGACCAUCUCUAAGUGCUCUUGGAAAGAAAUAUCAUCCAGAGUGUUUUGUUUGUUCAGUUUGUAAAGCACCAUUCCCAAGAGGACAAUUUUAUAACCUUGACGGUAAACCUGUAUGUGCUGAACAUUAUUCUAGUCAUGCAUCUACAAAUAUUUGUGGAAGAUGUGGUAAACCAAUUGCACCAGGUGUUAGUUUUAUUUCUGCUAUGGGUCAAAAAUUCCAUCCAGAACACUUUGUUUGUUCAUUUUGUGUCAAUCCUCUUACUGAAUCCUCCUUUAAAGAAAAUAGUGGAAAGCCAUAUUGCUUCACUUGUUAUGGUAAACUUUUUGGUUAA